AUCAUUCAUCUCUCGAUCGGCCUGUGGGCUCUAAAUCUGCGACCGGAGUCUCCGGAUUCUUUAAUAGGAUUUCCAGACCGCAUUUUUCGACAUUCCAUUCCUUUCAGCCUUCCACAACUUUCCCAGCCCCCGGUCCUGCAUACCAAUCUUGACUGCCUUUUGAGGCCGUGAUAAUCCAAAUUUUGUCUACUCGUCUCUCAUCAGAGCUUUCUUCAUCAAGCGUCCCCAGCCAGAUACAGAAGCAAGGAGAACAUAAUGCCAGCUUCCAGAGCUGUUUUGGGCCUUUUGGGCCUCUUCUUUACUGCCGGAGCCCUUCUCCUGAUGUGGCUCGUCUUCCUGGCCGGUGUAAGGAACACCACCCCGCUUGACAACAUCUACUUCCUUCAAGUGGACACGAGCAAUAUCCCUGGUGCACCGACUCUCUCACGAUGGACCUGGUGGAACCUGUGCGCUGUUGAAGAUGGCAAGAGUCAGUGUGGAAGCUCACACCCCGACUUCCCAUUUGACCCUCCCAGCCAUCGUAACUUCGGUACUGAGGUCAACAUUCCUUCUGCCUUCAUCGGCACUAACCACUACUUCCUAACUUCACGGUUCUCAUGGCCGUUCGAGAUCCUCGCGCUGUUCUUCGGCGUCCUUUCCCUAUUCACUGGGUUGCUGGCCAUGUGCACACGCAUUGGGAGCUACAUCUCAGCUCUGAUGGCAUGGCUCGCUCUUACCUUCCACAUCAUUGUGACUUGUCUCGUUACCGCUGUCUUCGUGCAGGGACGCAACAAGUUUAACGGAAACGACCAGAGUGCCCGCCUAGGUGUAAAGGCGUUCGCGUUCCUGUGGACCUCGGUCGCUUGCUGGAUGCUGGCAUGCCUCAUGUAUUGCAUGGGCGGAACUGUUGGUCGAAAGGAUCGCGGAUAUAGUGGCCGUAAGCAACGCCGCCGUGGUUUCUUUACCGCGCGGCAACCCAGCCAGGAGCGCAACAAGGAAAUCGCUCCCUAAACUGCUGCUGUCGGCUAUACACGGCUUGCCGGCUACCUAGUCGCCUUCUAUUCGCAUGCUAUACACUCAAGAGUAUGCUGUAAUAUGUAAAGCCGAGCAAUUCUCCUGGCCGGAAAAAGUCUUUUCAGACUAUUCUGAACCUUUCGGUCGACAUACAUUUCAACAAAGUAUCGCAACGAACUCGCCACGUCGAAACACGACCGACAUACACUCUCGCUGCAUGCAAUAGUGCUUUUCAGCGCUUUCGCUCUCUACUAGUGCUAUCUUAGAAUUUGCUGAGCUAACCGUAACCGUGAACUCUCGAUUCGUGAGUCAUAUUGGAUAUUCAUGGUGUCACGCACUUACGACUAUCUACUACUAGUUACCCUAAUUUUGCUAA